UGACUGGCGUACGUUGCAAUCCAAACAAGUGUGCAAUGUGUGAAUCGAUUAAUUAACCUUGAAACAAUUUCAUUGGCUAAUUGGCUAUCAUUCGUGAACAGUCACCAUUCAACAAUUAAGACAUACAAAUAAUCACUGAAUUGUUCAAACAUAAUUCAAGCGCAUUUGAACCCUCUCCUCUACCUAAUCAGCGUGUGUUUUGAUGAGCCAAACUAGAAUCAUUCCAAGUUAAUCGGACUUUGUAACUCGGAUAAAACGCUUCGUUCCACUAUCGAUCAAAAAAGAAACUGUAUUCAGGUACUGUAUUGAGAAAGAACAAUUCAUUGAAUACUGACAACAAAAUGAGAAUCGUGAAAUUGAUUGCCAUCUUGCUGGUUGCGUUGGUCGUCACCGCCUAUGCUGAAGAAACCAAAACAUUUCCUGGCGCAGAGAUUAUUGUUCCGGCUCUAAUAGGUCAAGUUCUACCGAUCAUUAUUGGUGGAAUUAUCGGCGGCGGUGGAGGACCCAAGCCCCCUGCACUGCCGCCCGUUUCGGUAUCUCAUACUACAUCGCUGGCUACUUCUGUUGCCAAUCGACCGAUUGCUGUAAGUUUCAACAGUCACAGUGGUUCGCUUUCAACCAACUUGAAUACGAAUGCAGGAUCGCACGCAACGGCCGGAACGGGUUCUAUGGUAGCAGCGUCGAGUGCCACCGGAACGAGUCCUCUACAGAGCCUCUCCAAACGUUGGCAAAAGCUGUUCAACAAUCUGGGAUAGUUCUAAGGUUUAGAAUAUUUCAUGAUUAACCAAAGAUUAACGUGAUUAACAACAUCGAGCUCAUAUGUGAAUUAUACAAAGUGAUAGAUAAAAUUUAGUAAAAUGAAGUGUAGUGAAAUGUUUUCUACUGAUGAGGAAUAGGAAUAGGAUUCUCCGAAAAUCAUUUCAAACUUCGUACGGAUCUAGCAUGCCCCCAACUGUACUAUCAACUAACAGAAUCAAUUCAAGGAAUUGUAUGAUUCAAUUGCUUUCAUCAAUGGAAAGUCCUAUUUUUCCUGUAAAUCUAGACAUCCUCCCUGUCUCAUCACUUCCGUUCGGACUUGUAAGUGAUCAAUGAUUCUUAAAGACUGUACUCGAAAAAAUUGCAACAGGAAAAGUUAAUUUUAUGUCAGAUAUUUUUAAUAUUCUCAGUGAAUAAAUAAACA